AUGCCGAAAGGGAUGCUUGAGGGCACGAUCACUCCCACGGAGGGUGGAGGUGCUUCAUGGGCAACAAAAAAUAAUCGCCCAACUACCCCAAGCCACAGCCCUGGGAUUGGCCAUGCAUUCACCAAGAACAAUACGGGGAGGAAGCUGCUCGCAGUCAGUGAUCGAUGA